AGAAAUUCAAUUUUUUUGCCAUUUCCGAGUCAUUUCCAAGUCUAGUUGAUGUUUCGGCGAAGCUGCUCUUAAACAAAGCCAAUUUACAGUAAAGAUCAGUGGGGGAUUCUAAGGCUCCUUUUUAUGUGUAAACUUUGGCUGUGAGCCAGGAUCAUGGCUUUUGCAAUAUGAGGAAGUUUACGAAACAACUAAGGCAAUACUAAGGACAACAUUGUUUUGUUGGUUUGUUGUUAAAGUGCUGUCAUGGUAAAAAUAUUUCACAACUAUGCAAAUUUGGUCAUUUUAUGUAAUUGUUUUGAGGAGCUAGGACAGCUAAGAAUUUGUGACAUGAUAUAUAAUGUAUGUGGAAAGUUAAUUGUGCUGCAUAUUAGCUCCUCUGUAGUUGAAUUUAUAACAUACAACAUACCACACUUGCUGGAAACCAACCUUUCAAAACCUAAACUGUUGAGGGAGAAAUCUAUGCAGUUGCAGUGUUAUGUCAGUUCCUAAAGUGUGAACACAUAAACCAAGUUUUAAUUCCCAGUACUGACUGCUGGCUUAUAAGCGAUCAUAGCUUUAAUAAUGUUUUCUUUUUUCCUGUGCUUGCACAACUUUUGCCUAUGAAGAGUUGAUUAAUCUGCUGGAGUUAAAGGCACGAUGACUACUUUUAAUGAAGGGGAAGUAAUUUCCCCCAUGCUUAGGUAAAACAAUUUACACAUGAUAUUUCUGGCUAUUUAUAGUACUGAGGAGGAGCCACAUGAAAAGUCAGCUACAAACAAUAAUUUUCGCGGUCUGCAACUACAUGUACUGCACAGUGUAGAAAGUAACAACCCUCGCUAUUUUCAAAAUUUGUAGCCUUUUGCUAUUCUUAAUUUUGCAGGGUUGUUUCAUUUUCAACUUUACAGUAUAAUAUUGCACAGAAGUAUAGUGUACAGUGGAUUAAUGUCUGUUUACAUUGUAAAUAUAGUGGUGAAAAUUUGAAAGUUUGUAGUGAUGUAAAUAGCGAAUGACUUGUCAGGCCUUAGCUGCCAUAACAGCCAUAACAGCUAUAGAAGUGAUAUUUGUUUAGAGUUCUCAGUGGCUGUAAUUUUUGGUGUCAUAUCAAUAGAACUGUGUAAAUUUUAUUUAAUAAGGAUAUGGUUUACCUUUUGUAGCUUUAAUUUUAUUGACAUUUGGGAACAAGGUUUUGAGACCUGUGUCUUAACUGACCAAAGACAACAUUUUUAACAGGUAUCAAGUAACAGAUUGUCAAGUCUGUUACUUGAUUGGUUUACCACAAAAAGGCACCUGCCGUGAUUGUCUGAAGUCACUUGGCUGUCAAGUGAAUUUUAAUAAAACUAUGUUUCUUACCUGUUAAGAAACUGUCAUUGUUGCAUUUAAUUUGAAAAUAAGAAGUAUGUUGUUCAGUUGUCUUAGUUCACAAAAUGAUCAAAGACAAAGGGUUAUUUAGCAAGAAUGGAAUGAACAGUUGUAUUUUGCAUCUUAAGGGAACUUGUGUCAAUAAUCCCAUGCUACUUUUAUGAAUCUGUAAUUUGCCUGUCACUGGUAAUUAAUGCCAGGUGUUUUGUAUAUACAAUAAUUACUCCACACCAGGACAUGCUAUGGCAAUAAUGAUAAGAUGCGAAGUGCCUUACAACGAACAUUUGCAUAUUAUGGUUGACAACAGCAUUGUAAAGAAGGAACAUCUUGCUUGUGGGAAGACUAUGACGUUGAAGAGAUGUUUGUGCUGCUUCCAUUGAUUUGAAGUGUAGCGGCAUUUAGCAUGUCACAAAUUGUUCUAGGAACAGUGUACUGCAUAGAAUGUUUUGUAGAGCAAACAGUCUUCUUACUUCACAAUGGAGCAAGUGAUAAUGUUAGCAUGUUUUGUGACAUGAUUUGGAAUCUGGAGGUCGCACUUUAUUAUUUCCUGUCAAGAUGCAUAAAAUAUUUACGACUCAGCACUCGACCCACAGCACAGGAACUUAGGGAGAGAAAUAUCUUGAAAUCAUCGUCAGAGGAAGAGGCAAAAGAAGAAAAAGAAGAAAAGAAACGAGUUUUAACAAGGAAGUUAAGCAGAAGACCCACAGUCCAAGAGCUGAGAGCGAAGAAGAUCCUCAAGUUUAAUGACUAUGUUGAAUGUGUCGAUGUCCAUGACUAUGAUAGAAGAGCGGAUAAGCCUUGGACUAGAUUAACACCAGAAGACAAGGCUGCAAUAAGGAAAGAACUUAAUGAGUUUAAGAGUAAAGAAAUGGAAGUACAUGAGGAAAGCAAACAGUACACAAGGUUCCAUCGUCCCUAGUUUUAUACAGAUCACCUAGAGGAUUUUUACUUUACAUGCUAUUUUUUUGUUAGAUGGAAUUAUUCAAAGAACUCUAAUAAAAAUGUAAUGUACAGGUCAUAUCUAUGACUGUAAAUAGUAGUUACACAUAAACAAUUUUUGUAUAGGAUUGUAUAGAUUUUUUAACAUGAUUGUCAUAGCACAAUAAAUGUUACAAGCGGAAGGAUAAUCCAAUUUCUAAAGAGGCUAAAAGGUUAUCUCUUUACAACCAGGGCUUCCUAGAAGUAAAAAUUCAAUAUGAUUAGUCUUUGUUUUGAGACAAAUAAUUGGUUUGUUUAUAAUAAUUGCCCACAAGCCAAAAUAGCCUUUCCGUAACAGUGUAUUGUUGUUCAAUUGUAAGAAAUUGCAUGUAGAAUUUGGCAAGAUGUCUGUGACAUCCUGUUCACCAUGAUAGUUAAUAUUCAUUAUUGGUAUGGAUGUGAACAGAGCAAUUAUUUUUCUCACUUUUUGGAAGAGUAUUUCAAUACAUUUUAUCGUCAUUGUUUAGAAUAGUUUGUAAGGAUGCUAUUCCCUAACUUCUUAGUGCUAGCCUAUGAAUGGACAACUGCCAAACUGCCAAGAAUAUUAGCAGAAAUACAUUGUGAAGAUGUAUUGUUGCCCCUGUGGCCUUGUCCUCUCUCUCUUAUUGGGCAAUGGAAGAUGGCUGUACUUUAUAGCAUGAGUAAAACAUUAAAUUAUCAUUUUGCCAUUUUCCUAGCAGCUGGGGUAAAGAAGGUGGGAAAUGGGGUGGGGAGGAGGUGUGUCAGUAAAACAUAAAACGUUUACAUAUGGCAACCUCUGAUCAUGAUUUUUGGUGAGCUCAUAUUUAUGGAACCAAAGGAAUUCAUUAUCGGCAGGUAUCCUGUCUGAACAUCUCUCAGUUGUUUGUAAGUGACUGAAGAUUCAGGUUAGGCUCUGUUUGUUUGACAUAUUCAAUUAUUUGUCUUCAAUAGAUAACAGUUGCUCUUCCAUUCAAAACACUCGGCAUAAAUUUGGGGAUUUCAAAGUUCUGUGGGUAUUUAUUUCACUGCUGUAUCUCUUUUGAGAAAACACUAACUAGUGAGUAUCAGGGUAAGUUCCUUUUCCCCAUAUGAGGACUUUGGGAAACACCUAUCAGCAGAGGGGAAAUGGGUAGUUGCCAUACCAAGGAGAUGUUUACUCUAGUUCUUAAUAAUCUCAAAGAUAUUUAACCAAUUGUUACCCGCCAGACAUAUUGUAUACUCCUACAGUAAAAACCCACAUAUAAGAACCUGGAUAUUUCCAAAGGUUCUCAUUGUCUUAAGAAAAAAUGUUUUUGUUAGUUGAAGAUAUUUGGCACUGUCUAUGGUUCAUAUAACAUUUAUAUGACUAUAAUCAUGUUUAAAUAACUGCAAUCCAAACAAAUACAAACCCAUAUUUAAAGUUAUUUUACUUCUUUCAAUGUUCUUAUAUACUACUGUACAUCAAUAGAACAAAGUUACACUAUUUUAAAACACUACAACAUAUCUGAAAUAAAAUUGCAAGUGAUUUUUCAUUGCCUAUUGGAGCUUUUCCAUUUGAUUUCCUAAUUUCUAAUGAAUUCUAUAAAAUAUAAACCUGUUUCAAAAUUCAGACUAAAACAGUUUCUUAUGUAAAGGAGGUCUCAAAGAAAAUCUUUAAUAGCCUAAAGGUUCUUAGAAAUUAGGUUCUCAUGUGUGAGAUUUUACUGUAGCUAUAAGUGGAUGCAACUAGUUGUUAAAUAUAGAUUAUGAGGGAGAUCCAACAUUUACUGCUAAUUUUGUUCACCAAGCUAGUGUAAUAUACAACCUUGUUUCCAGGGUUUCAGUCUUGUCCCUUACCCCUAACCCCUCCCCCACUAUGCUCUUGGUGCAGGGGUUAGUAUUGAAGACCCUGGCUAGAAGGAUGAUGGACUUUUGUAUGUUUCCUUAUUUUAUUUCAUGCUAUUCAAUGAAUGAUCUCAUUAUUAUGGCUUUACAUGUAUAAUUAUUAUUACAGGUACCUAUUAAACUAAUCUUACUAAGAAAUGGUUUCAUAUGUUUAAUUCAAACAAAAUGUAUUUUCAUCAGAUGCAAAGUUCUCUCUUCCAAGAGAGAAUCAUUGGGAAUAAAGUUGAAGAGGAACAUUUUAA